GUGGGGGAUGAUGAAUAAGACAAGUGUCUAAAUCAUAGAGGAUGAAGAAGAGUCAAAGGCUUCUUAUUUCAUUAAACUAGUACAAUACUGUCUAAUCCUGGUUCGGUUCGGUCCUAAAUCGUUCGGUUUUGUACUUUUGUUUCUAAUGAAAUCGAAUCGGUUAAAAAAUCUGAUCUUUUAGGACCGAAUCAUCAUCUCAAAUGGGAAAACAAAAACAAAAAAAUCCCACCUUUUUUGUUUUUGUUUACAAUUUAUACAACACACAUACACACAGAGACAAAUCAAAGAGAAGACGAUUGUGAAAAAAGUAAAUAAAAAAUCCAAACUUUGUUGGAGAUAAGACGAUUGUGCAAAGCAGAGCAAGAGAGACAUGGUGUUCCGUGGCGAUACAGUGAUGUCCGUAGCUCAUAUAUCGGCGGAGAUAUUUCAGAGGCUACGUUUGAUUCGGCCGUCAGAUCGAAUCAGCAGCGGAGAGAUGUUACAGCUCGUUUGUUGUUUCCCGCUUCAGCAAUUGGGUCGGUUCGUGUUUUGGUUCUGGAACUAUAUCUGUGUUCCACCUCCUGAGAUUUUGUAUUUUGAUGGUCGUCGUGAUGAUGAUAUCGAUGAUGAUGAUGGUUAUGGAUCAUCUUCUUCGUCUUCGAUUGUUACUCAUAAUCACAAUUACUAUCAUCUUCAUUUGGAGUGACGAUUUUUUCUGAUUUUGUUUGAUUGUAAAGUUUUCAUUUUUAUUUAUAUUUCUUACCCUUAUUGUAUAGAGAAAAGUUCAUGUUUUGAUUAUUGGGGUUUGAAGUUAUUGGGAUUGUUGGAUAUAUAAUCUGAGUGUCUUCUUUUUAAUCCACAGCAUUUGGUGAUGCAUAUAUAUAGUUUUAGCUUUCAUCAUCUUAGGCAAAGGAGCUUGCUUUGAUCUCUAAUACUUGUCCAAAUCUAUUGAUGGAGAUUAUCUAAGCACAAUUCGAGUUUAUUCUGUUUUUAGGAAAUAUGGGAAAUUUUGUUUGACCUAGCAAUGUUUAGUUAGUGGAAUUAGGAGGGUUAAGAUUAAGGUUUUUGGAGCUUAUCAUGAUGAAUUUUAGCUAGAAUCUAGGUCUUUUGUCGAUAUAUUGUAUUUGUGAAAGUUAUUAUAAGGUUACAGGGGAUAAUACUUUAGAUGUGAUCUAUGCCGAUGCAUAUAUUCUUAUGUUAUUAGAAACUGGUUUGGAUGAUUACGUUCAAGUACUAUCUUCUUCUUGUGGCAUUCUACUAGAUCAUUUUGUUGCAAUAGUGUGGAUAGUUUGCUCUGGUUGUUACAUAUUGCUCUACCAGAAAUGACGAGUGAUCUUGGGGGUAAAGCAAGAAGGUUUGAUCAUGAUGAGUUUUUGUCAGAGAUGAGACAUCAAAGUUUGAGAUCUCCUACUGAUUAGUUCUUCCUAGUCUUCUUCCUGCAAGGUUGGAGAAGUUUUCUGGAAUCCAUUUCAAAAUUUUCUUGUCAUCUUUUCUUUGGAUGUAAUACUCUUUGUAUAUGUAAAAGUUUAUAAGGUCUCCAAGUCUUCCGAGGUAUUUUAAAUUGGGAAUCAAAUUUGACUUU